CCACACAAGCAAGAGAGAGAGAGAGAGAGAGAGAGAGAGUUGAAUGCGAGUCUGCUCCAGAGAUGGACAGCAAUAGAAAAUUAGGGUUACAGUGCUCAGAAAGUGAUUCUGAUAUCAGUUUUUCUGAAUCUCUAGGAGAAGAAUAUGAGAUGCAGGUACAAGAGCUACUACUAGGAUCAGACUACUUGAAAGCUGAGUCUGAAUCUGAAUCUGAGUCUGAAUUCAGCUUGAAGGAUUGGUUAGAAGAAAAUAACCAAACAAACAUUGAAACUAAUCAUCAGCAAGAUGUGGUUCAAUUUGAUACUGUAAAGGCGGAGGACAUCGGCAAGGAGAAACGAUUUGGAAGAAGAUCAGCUAAUGAUUUGAGCAUCAAUCUAGGUUCGGAAGUGGACGACGAAAAUGAACUUGGAAUGAAACCUAGUAAAAGGAUUAAGUUUGACAAAGCUAGUACUAGUACUAUUGAUUCAACCGAUGAGCUUCCAAAAUUCUCCUUUUAUGGAGAAGAAACAGCAGUUGCAGAAGUCAAUAAGGACAAUUCCAAGGAGAAAAACAACAAUGAAGAAUGAACUUGUAAGUGCCAGAGAGCAGGCCAAUGGGAGAAGCAUCUUCAGUGGGGGGCAGCAAAGUCUUUCUACAUCCACUGUGUCUAGGCGUGUACCUGUGCCAGUGGGUAGUGUUCUUUCCUUAUAAUUAUAUUUAAAAGCAAAAUCCAUUGUAACAUACUGAGGGAAAGGAGGUCAGCGGGGUCAUCUAAUCCUAAAUAUUGAAAUCAAAGAACAAUCUCAAUUGAACCUUAAAAUGAUCCAUAAUAAAUGAAUUUAAUUCGAAAAU